GCAACAUUUAUAAAAUUUGAUUACUAGAACGUAAUUAAAAUUUGAAAGUAAAAGUAUAAUCAUCAUAUCAUCCCAUAGUGGCAACUGGCAACGAACAAAUGACAACAGGAGCUCUUUAAAUAUUACUAGAAGCGAAGAUAGAGCGCGCUAUAAAAUGCUGCAUUUUACGUCAUGAUAAGGAAGAGAACUAAUGACAGGAGUACUAAACAGAAGCAGCGGCCAAGCUUAUGGCGUCACUGCAGAAACCUUCGUUCCCUAAAGCAAAUCCACGCUUCCCUUAUCAUCAAAGGCUUUAAUUCUAACUUAUCAGCCUUAAGAGAGCUCAUAUUCACUAGUGCCAUUGCAAUUUCUGGCACAAUGGAAUAUGCCCACCAAAUGUUCGCUCAAAUUGCUAAACCAGACAUUUUCAUAUGGAACACUAUGAUUAGAGGCUCAGCACAAAGCCGAAUUCCCUCAAAUGCAAUUUCACUAUAUACCCACAUGGCAAAUCACGGUGUAAAGCCCGAUAAGUCCACGUUUUCGUUCUUACUUAAGACUUGUACUAGGCUUAAAUGGAGGAACAUGGGUUUGUGUAUCCAUGGCAUGGUUGUCAAAUGCGGGUUUCAUGAAAAUAUUUUUGUGAGAAGUUCCCUUAUCUACUAUCAUGCCAACUGUGGAGAUAUAGGGAUAGCUAGAGCCAUUUUUGAUGAUUUUGCAGAAAGGGAUGUUGUUGCUUGGUCUGCUUUAGCAGCAGGAUACGCAAGGAGAGGGCAGCUGAGAGCAGCGAGACAGCUGUUCGAUGAAAUGCCUGUGAAAGAUAUGGUUGCUUGGAAUGUGAUGAUUACAGCAUAUGCUAAGAGAGGGGAGAUGGAGAGCGCGAGGAGACUCUUUGAUGAGGUUCCUAAAAGGGAUGUUGUGUCGUGGAAUGUGAUGAUUGCUGGAUAUGUGGUUUGUGGGCAGAAUGAGCAGGCAUUGGAGAUGUUUGAGGAGAUGAGAAGUGUGGGCGAGCAGCCAGAUGAGGUUACCAUGCUGAGCCUCUUGUCAGCAUGUACAGAUUUAGGAGAUUUGGAGAUUGGCAGGAAAUUGCAUCUCUCAAUCUUGGAGACCAAUUUAGGAGAGAUGAGUGUCAUUCUCGGAAAUGCACUUACAUACAUGUAUGCUAGGUGUGGGAGUAUUAAGAGAGCACUUGGAUUGUUUAGAGGAAUGAAGGAAAAGGAUGUUUCCACUUGGAAUUCAAUUAUUUUAGGGUUGGCUUUUCAUGGCAAUGCUGAAGAGUCGAUCAAUCUGUUCGAAGAGAUGAAGAGGUUGAAAAAUAUUAAGCCAAAUGAAAUAACUUUUAUUGGAGUACUAGUUGCUUGCAGCCAUGCCGGUAAGGUUAAAGAGGGGCACGAAUAUUUUACUAUUAUGAAAGAUAGGUAUGAUAUAGAGCCAAAUGCAAGGCAUUAUGGGUGUAUGGUCGAUCUUUUAGGGCGUGCAGGGUUAUUGAAUAAUGCAUUGGAGUUUAUAGAUAAAAUGAAGAUUGAAUCUGAUGCUGUCAUUUGGAGGACUCUGCUAGGAGCUUGUAGAGUAUAUGGAAAUGUUGAGCUGGGAAAGUAUGCACAUGAGAAACUAGUUAAAUUGAGAAAGGACAAGAAUGGGGAUUAUAUGUUACUCUCAAACAUAUAUGUUUCAAUUGGUGAAUGGGAUGGAUCUCAUAAGGUAAGAAAGUUAAUAGAUGAUAGUGGAAUAAGGUGGAAAGAGCCUGGCUACAGCCUAAUUGAAGCAGAUGAAAGACCUCUUAUGCAAAACACAAAUUAAAUAUGAGAAAUCAAAUAACAUGAGCUGCAAGUUCUCAAGAAA